UAAGUGGCCGGAUGUUGGUUUGUUUUGCCAAACUCGCUGUUUUCAUCGAUAACAUGUAGCUUCCUAGGUUGCACGUUAUUCGUGAUAUUCAUCCAUUUAUGUUUAACUGAAGAGCAAAUAAUGUAAUCUGCUACGAAUGGUGACCUAUUCCAAUAUUUUUUUCGAAUAGAGACCUUCAAAUUCCCCCCUCUUUCCUCAUAAGUGCGUUUUAUUAGUUCGUCUACGGAUCAAAUAUGAACGUUUCUAUCCGCAGUCAGUUUUAUACACCAAGGUAUUGUUUGAAGUCAAUGAAGUUAUACUGUAGUUCUUAGUGCCUGGCGUGUAUGCAGGGUCCCAGGUUAUGGAAGGCGUCACAAGGUAACGUCAGGAAUGAGACUGGUUGGGGAUAUUUCUUUGAGAAUGAAAAUAGGAUUAUUCCCCCAUCAUGAAUGCAUAUAUCCACUACAUUUACAUUAAUUCUUCCAUGUGUGUUUCGUUCUGAGUGGUUGUUGGCCAAUAGCACCAUGUUCUGAAAGGUCAUGCAUGCAGCCUGGCCUCUAACCUGCAAUUUUUUUACUUUUACAAAAAGGCUACAGCGCCAUUGUCCUACUAGUAGGUGCAGGCUCUUCAUCUAGCCUACAUUUUUCCCUACUGCCUCCAACACCUGAGAGUUCCCUAUGUUAACUCUGUUGAGUAUGUUUUACUAUAUCUGUCUGCGGCGACGCUCCAGGAGUGGAACUCGUGGUGAGGCAUUGACAAGUCGGCGAGCAGUGGAGUCUGGCCAACGGGCAAUAUUGCCUGUCAGUGUGGAGGUGGAGCAGUACACGAAGGAAGUUUUGGACUUUAGCUCUCAUUAUGGCAGUGAGAAUAGUAUGUCCUACACUAUGUGGAACCUGGCUGGUGUACCUAAUGUCUACCCCAGCUCUGGGGAUUUUACACAGACUGCUGUGUUCAGAACUUAUGGAACAUGGUGGGAACAAUGUGCCAGCGCUCCACCAUGCUUCCGGCGCACCCCGAAAGGUUUCUACAGUCAGGAUUAUAUUGAGCUGGGCUUUGAAGAGCCUGUUUACCCUACAGCUGUGGAGGUGCUUGAGACUUACUAUCCAGGAGCCAUUGUACAGAUUCUAGCCUGCUCGCAUAACCCCUUUUCCCAAAAUUCACCCACGGAUGUCAGAUGGGAGGUGUUGUGGUCAGGAGAGCCCACUAAGGUGCUGGCACCACAGGCUCGCCAGUUUUCACCGAACAUCAAGCACAUCAGUUUUCCCACCAACCUACUACGCCUGGAAGUCAACAGCUCUCUUCUGGAUUACUAUACUGAACUGGAUGCCGUAAUCCUACGCGGUGUGAAAGAGAGGCCCCUGCUUGCGCUAUACAAAAUGCCUGUCAUCGACAUCAUUGACCUGAGUGACAGCGAGGAGGACCUGUCUGAUUUGGGAGGUCCUUUCAGACAGGGUCCAGAUCGCAGGACAGGAAACGGCUACUUUGACAAACUACCCUAUGAGCUCAUUCAGUUGAUACUGAGCCACCUGACCUUGCCAGACCUGUGCCGUCUGGCCCAGAGCUGUAAGAUGCUGCACCAGCACUGUUGUGACCCACUACAGUACACCCAGCUGAGUUUGCAGCCCUACUGGGCCAGACUGAAUGACACCUCCUUGGGACACCUGCAGAGCCGCUGCACACACUUACAGAGGCUUAACCUUUCUUGGACUGGCAACCGUGGAGCUCUCACCCUGAAUAGCUUCAGCAGUUUCAUGAAGGUCUGUGGACUCAGUCUAGUGCGUCUGGAACUUUCUUGCUGCCAUUUCCUGAAUGAGGCCUGUUUGGAGAUCCUCGGCCAGACUUGUCCAGGACUGCAGGAGCUAAAUCUGGCCUCCUGCGACCGCCUUCCCCCACAGGCCUUCACACACAUUUCCAAACUUACAUGCCUCCGCAGACUGGUGCUCUAUCGUACCAAGAUUGAGCAAACAGCUAUUCUUAGCAUCCUGACCUUCUGCAUUGAGUUGAAACACCUGAACCUCGGGAGCUGUGUCAGGAUUGAAGACUAUGACGUUGUGGCCAGUAUGCUUGCUACUCGAUGCCGCUCACUAUGUUCACUGGACAUCUGGCGCUGCAGAAACCUGACAGAUCGUGGCCUGAAUGAGCUUGUCUCUGGCUGCAGAAUGUUAGAGGAGCUGGACUUGGGCUGGUGUCCCACACUGCAGAGCAGCACUGGAUGUUUCCAGCAUCUGGCCCGCAGUUUACCACAUUUACGCAAGCUCUUCCUCACUGCCAACCGCACAGUCCGUGACUCGGACAUUGAGGAGUUGGCUUCCGGCUGUCCCUUACUACAACAUCUGGACAUACUGGGUACACGGCUUGUGAGUGCUGCCUCGUUGAAGAAGCUCCUCCAGUCAUGCCCACAACUGCUCCUCCUGGAUGUCUCAUUCUGCUCGCAGAUCGACACAAGGAUAGCCCAAGAGCUAUCGAGCCUCUUCCCCAGUGUAGCCAUCAAAAGGAGUUUCACACACUGACCUCAGCAUAGUCUCAUUUCUCUCUGCACCGGAGUGGUAGGAGGAGACAAAAGGGUGUGCAUCAGAAGAUGGAGCAAUGCUUCUGUGUAUUCUAUUAGUGGUCAGUAAAUAUGGCAGUCAAACUGACGAUACAGUGGAACAGAAAGAAACAACCACAGGGCUAAAAUGUGAGACACAAUUACUGAUGGACACUGGAGUGAAGCAUGUUCAUCUUGGUAGAAUAUGAAAUACCACUUUUGAAUAGGCUGUAUGACUUUGACUUACAAAAAGAGGUUCACCAGAACAUCACUCAAGGCAAAUGAAACCAAUUGUGAAACUCAAUCUUGGUUGCCAACUGCUGGGAAGGUAGCAAAAGGACUUUAUGUGUAAUGACAUCCAUCUUGUAUGAUAAAUGAUCAGAGCUUUGGUCAGUGCCUUCUCAGAAUGACCAUUAAACCAGCACUAUUAUGUGCAAGUAUGAUAGACAUCACACCAUUUUGAUGGGAAGAUCUGGCCACUUUGUUUCAGUUAUCAAAAAUCACAGAAGAUACUACUGCAGUGGAUAUGAAAAGACAGAGCUGUUCAAAUGCCAGGUUUUUUGGUAUGAAAAAAUUAGACCAAUAUAAAUCAUUCCAAAAUAUUUUUUUCCUUUAAAAGGAUUGCAGGAGUACCAUAAGUUCUUAUGUAUAAUAUGCUCUUUAGUAUAAUGUGCACCCCCAUAAUUGACUCUCAAAAUCAGGAAAAUCCUUCUUCCUAUGUUUCUUGGAAACGUAUGACUUUCUAUCCAUGGCUGUAUAUAUAUGCAAUAAAUAUUAGUGGCGGUCCUCUCCUAAAUAAUGUUUUCUAAUUAAGUCCAGUCAGUAUUGUAUCAAUACUAAGGUAUGCUUGUUCUUCGGCUAGUAUAGAUUAGUGUGGCGCACCGGGGUGUUUAGUUUUACCAUUGUGGUCUUGUGGAGAUGUUUUCCAUUUUGAUUUCUUUUCUUCUUGAUCACAAGCACAUUAGCUAGUUUGCCCACUGUACUGAACGCUCGAGAAGUUAUGUGCUCAGAUAGCACAUUAACUCCUGGUGUGGAAAAAAAAAAAAAAAAGGUGCACAGGGCAAAUAAACAUAUAAACUCUACCAACAGUCACAUUUUUACAGCAAUUUAUGAUACUAGGGGACUAACUGACUUAAAACAGCAUUUUAACAACGUACAAUGGUGCUCCGCACACUCAGACAUCGGUUAGCAAGCCGCCGUGUUUUUUAUAUUGGGGUCAUUGUUGACGUGAUCGUGGUGGAUUGCUUUCAGAUGAUUUCAAAAUGUGCCUGGUGCCAUUCUUUAGUUGUUAAAAUGCUGUUUUUAAGUCAUUUAUUCGGUUAUUCCAUAAAUAUUUUUAAUAAUGGGAAUGCUAAUCAAGAUUGUGUGAUUCUCCCUCUGCAGCUUUUCUUGUCUUAACUAUUUUUUAUUAAUACAGUAAUCCAUACGUUACUAGUAAUUCUUUAAUAGUUCAGUCAAAACUAGGGCGCAUCACAACCUCAGUGCUCACACACAAUAAAGGAGUGGCUAAAUUAACAUUUUAUAUGCGAACCAAAAUGAUGUAAACCUAUAAGUUACAUUUAAAAGUCAUACUUAUAUGCACUUAUUCCUCAUUUCACUUUGAAGGAAUGUUAUUUUACUAUACCUAUGUAUAAUGCACAAUUGACUUAAAGAUUUAUUUUUUUUAGCGGUGGGGGAAGUGCGUUACAUGGCAAAAAUUACAGUCAACUCACAAUGCCUUUUUUUUAUAAACUAUACAUUGUAUGUGCCUCCACCAAUCCAAUCAAAGUAUUCUGUUUAAUAUUGCAUUUGUGGAGUAAGAAUUCAACAGAAUAAUUUAUCAAUUUCUCAGGUGGCUGCCAUUUUAGACAUCACCCUCGACCGGCCAUCAAAAUUAAUGUCACAAUUACCUUCGAAAACACUGCUUACGGUACGAGAUCAAAUCCGGAAAACAGGCAAGCGCCUUUCUUAUCCUAACCUGAAGAAAAAUGUUCUAAUUAACAUCAACUGGCAGCGCACACAGGUCUCAUUUGGUUGCGUGACGUAGGGCCGUUGUAACGUUCAUUUCGGUUGCCAGCAAAGGAUGAUAUGGGCCAAAAUGGCAGCUCACUUAAAUUGAUUAGUAGUCAGUUUAAUUCUUAUUCAUGUCAGGAAAUAUGAACCAGAAAAACAUUUUUUUGAUCAUGGUGGCAUAUACAACUGGGAGUACGACUAACGUGUAUUUUAGUAAUGGAUUAUCUGUCGAUUUUUUUUUUUUUUUUUUGAUUAACCAAUGACUCAGAAUUUCUAAAAAAGACAAAACCAACUCAACAUACAAAAUAAACUGAAUAUGGUUUCCAAUUGGGAUUUUUCCCAAAACUUCUAAUUCCGAAAAUGCACAAGCAUAAAUUCAACAUGAUUCAGUUGCCAGUUUGCUCUGUCAAAUAUAAAAAAAAUGUGCAAAACGUUAAUAAUCAGUGGGACACAACUUGAUGUUAUUGGUUUUUUCUUGAUUUGAGGCAAAGUUUCUCUAUACCUCCAUUUUUCUAGCAAAGCGCAAAUGUUCUAUACUAAGUACAGACUGCUAUUUGGAACUAUUCAUAAUCCGGCCCAAUUUGAAUAAGACUCCAAAUUCCAGCUACAGAAAAACAGCUCGAACCCAUGAUGCUAUCAAUACCAUGCGUCACUGUUGUUCUUUUGGUGAGGAAAACUGCCCUGUUUGCGCACACCACAACCCUCGUGAGGAUAAGCGGAACGGAAAAUGUACGGAUGAAGUUCCCACUUAAGUUUCAGUGAGUUAUUCGAGCACAUUUUCCCUUCGUGGAUUUGUCAAUGUUGUUUUUGCCAACUGUGGCCAUGCUUAAAUUCUUUUCUUUGUAAAAUAGGGCUUCUCUCUUGCCAAUCCACCCCUUAACCCGAUAUAGCGUAGGAAGAACAUUGUCACGUGUACUAAAGAGCCAGUACUUUUCAGAAAUUCCUGAAGCUCUUUCUAUGUUGCAUGUUGGCCUCCGUGAGCAAUUUUAUUUUUUCUCCUUUUUCCAGCAAUUUUGGAGGGAUGUCCAGUUCUUCCUAGUCUCACUUUCGUGCCAUAUUUUCUCCACUCGAUGAUAUGUGUCUUUACAGUGUUACCUGGUAUAUUUAAUACCUUGUAAAUUCUUUUUCUACCCUUCUCCUCCCUGAUACUUUUGAAAAGUGAAAUUCUUCUAAUGUUGCGGAAGCUUUUGGUGGACCAUUUCUUGUGCUGUAAACAAUGGUGGCAACCACAUUGUCAGGAAAACCUUGGUAAAAACAUUUGAACUUAAUUUUGGGUUAAUCAGUGAUACUUGAAAUUGUGGCAGGCAUUUGCUGACUUCCACUGAACAUAAUGCUGCCAUUGGGCAGAGUCCUUGGAUCUGCAAGACAAUCCCUUUUAUGAAACCAAAGCAACAGCAUGUUUGUUGGAGUUUGUUGUUCAUCAAAGGAGAACAAGCCAUUUUGUCGAUAAUUUGACACAGACCCAUGUGGGGAUAGAGUGGGAAUAUAGAUUUAGAAAAAAUUUGGACAUAUGAGGUUCGACCUGAUGCCAUCAAUGACUUGGAUGUGAUUAGGUGUUAAUUCUUAAAACAGCCAAUUGUCUAAUCAUAGAAGGGUGUGGACACUUGAGCAACCACAAAAACUCAGUUGUUUGUUUUUGCUUCCCCACUCUUUGCAAUUACGUUCUGAAGGUUGUAGGUCAAUGAUGUAUGUUUUAAAAUUAUGAAAAAAAUUUAUUUCACAAAAACAUGGCUUUUUGACAGGGUGUGUAGACUUUUAUGUCCACUGUAUAUAUGUAUUCAAGUUUCUUUAUUCUGCAUUUUACUUAGGACUGUGGUCACUUAAACUAUAAAUGCCUAUUCAUCAUAUACUGUUGGCACGAAGAUCUCCUCCUUCAGAAUUUCAGCUUUUAAAAGAAAAAAAAAAUGGAAAUUGAACUAUGACAUCAUUCAAGCAACACCAGAAGUAUUUUUCAAAUUACAGACCAGCAAUUAAAGAAAAUCGCAAAUUGAUGACCCUAAAUGAGUCAACCUUGUGUUAAAGGAAGUCUAUGCGUCAGUGGCCAAUAAAUUAAAAACAUUGAAUAGCUGGCACAGCUUUAGUAUUUUAUUUGCAUACAAUUUCAUUUUAAAUGAAACAGCGAACAAAUAGCAUUGAUUGUCUGCUGCCAACAGUACAGAUCUAAAUGAUUACAAACAGAAAUGUAGAGGAAUUAGUGCCAACAAAUAUUUGUUUUCCACUCAUACAAAAAUCCUUUCUUUUCAGACUGACUGAUCCACUCUAUAAUUUAAAAAGGUAGCGGAACAUCACUUAAAUAUGAGCCCACCUAUUCAUCUGCUUUGAUUGUGUGGCUGCACUUUUCCAACGACACUUAAACGCAGCAUCAGUCAAAACAGGGUGAUUAUUAAAGUAACUAGAACCAAUUUUCCUCUUAAGAUGACAGAAGCGUUUUCUGUUGCCCUCUCUACGAUCUGAGCCACCAGUCACUGCUGUUUGUACGUUUAGUUGCUUGGCAACCAAAGAGAAGUUACACUUUACAGAUUUGAACCUAAAAUGAGACUGCGUGAAUACUGUUUUGACCACUAUUUGUUGUGAAUCUCAGGGGUUCAUCUUGUUUUGCUUUUUGUACUGCCUUUGCUACAUUACAACAAGCAAUGAGCUUUGUUUAUAAUUUAUCUUUUAUUCAAACUGUAAUUUUGCAGAUUGUCUAUUAACUAUAUCUUGGAACUUUUAGAAUGGUGUCAUCAAAUCCCUAUUCAUGAAUUCCAAGAUAUUUCAUGUUUGCAAUGUAUACAAUUUUCUCUCAGCAUCAACUUGUUGGCCGUUGUUGGUCUCCUAUACGAAAUUGACAGAAUUGAAAGUCCUGUUUAGUUUUGCGUUAAAGUCACUUGCACAGCUGCCACACUUAAAGAUAAAUAAUGGGGUGUGGGGGGGCACCUCCACUACAAAAGUGAUUCAAGAGUAGAGGCUGUGUCCCUGAUACCAAAGUAUUUUUUGCAUUGUGCAUAACAUGUUGGUACUAAAUGAGUUGAAUUCUGUAUAUUUGUGCCUUAUAUUCUGUCUUGAAUAUUGUGUGACGUGUUUUAGUUUUUGUUUGAUGAGUUGUAUCACCACCAAAGUCAUAUGGAGGUACAACUCAACUUGUUUAAUUGCCACCUCCCAUAUAGCAACCAUUUCACUUUUAUCCACAAUACUGUAUUUCUCUUUUUUUUUUUCAUUUGGGAUUUUUUUUUAGCUCCACAAUUUCUGUAUUAUCUGCUGAAAUACUAAUUUUGUGGAACACAGGGCUUUGUGUUUUGUGAUAUUAUAUAUGAGUAGUGAUUUAAAAGACCCAAGUGAUGGUGCAGGACACAAAUUCUAUUUCAAAUAAGAGUGUACAGAUACAGCAAAUUGAGAUUAAGGAUGUCAGUGAUACCAUCAUAAGUAUCCAAGUAUAAUAAUUUGGUUAUUGUUAGUAAACAUGCAACUCUUCAUCACAUUAAAAACAUCAACAUGAACGUUUCUAAAUUUAAACAAAGUGUUAUUGCAGGUUACAUGCACAUAGUGGACUGGAUUUCCUGGUUGAUACACACCAACUUAGACCAGUCAAUCAUUGGCUAUGCUUGAUAUUAAAAAUAAUAGUGUAUA